UCUUCCUUAUAAACACUACAUCCAAGCCCUCUCUAACCCCUCCUAAUAGUCUCAAGGCUCCCGAUAAUAAUACCAUCCAUCAAUAAUGGACGAAGACAACUCUCUAUUCCCUUCAGACACAGAUCUCGACUUCAGCUUCAACAGCUCCACCACCACCACCACAACAACCACCACCUCCUCCUCCGCCCGCACCAGCUUAGCUCGUUCGAGCCUCACUCUCAGCUUCAACGAGUCUCACCUCUCAACCACAACCCUCCUCCCCCACCCUCACCACACCUCAGACCCACAUUGGUCCGCCAUCAAAACCAUCACCAACCUCUCCUCCGACCACAAGCUCCACCUCAAACACCUCAAACUCCUCAGCCACCUCGGCACGGGAAACCUCGGACGCGUCUUCCUCUGCAGCCUUAAACACUUCGAACACCUCAAGUUCGCUCUCAAAGUCAUCGACAAGGACUUCUUAACCCCCAAAAAGCUCUCGCAAGUCCAAAUCGAAUCCCACAUUCUCUCCCUCCUCGACCACCCUUUCCUCCCUACUCUCUAUUCCCACUUCGACGUCUCUCACUACACUUGUUUCCUCAUCGAUUACUGUCCCAACGGCGACCUCCACUCUUUCCUACGUAGACAAACCCAUUACCGGCUACCGCUCCAGUCGGUCAAGUUCUUCGCCGCCGAAAUCCUUAUCGCUUUGGAAUAUUUGCACGCGCUCGGAAUCGUGUACCGCGAUCUGAAACCGGAGAACGUUUUGCUACGCGAAGAUGGCCACGUCAUGCUCUCUGACUUUGACCUUUGCUUCAGAGCCCACGUGGCACCCACUUUCGACGAGUCCGAGUUUGUCGCCGAGCCAACGACGGCGUUUUCGAAGUCGUGUGUUGGGACGCACGAGUACUUGGCGCCCGAGUUAGUCUCCGGUUACGGUCACGGUAACGGGGUAGACUGGUGGGCUUUCGGUAUUUUCGUCUACGAGUUGUUGUACGGAACGACGCCGUUUAAGGGAAGGAACAAGGAGAGCACUCUGCGUAACAUAGCUUCGUCGAAUAAGGAAGUGAGGUUCUUCCACGUGGCGGAUAGAGAAAACGAGGAAGGGAUUGAGGAGGCGAGGGAUUUGAUAGAGAGACUGUUGGUGAAGGAUCCUAGAAGAAGGCUCGGGUGUACCAAAGGUGCCACUGAGAUUAAACGACACCCGUUUUUCGAUGGGAUUAAGUGGUCGUUGAUCAGAAACUAUAGGGCACCACUGCCACAUCAGCAGGUGGUGAGGAAAGGAAAGUCACCGCACGUGACGCAUGUGAAGAGGCAAGGUGGGUUGUGGCGGUGGUGUAAGAGAUUUGGGUGCUUGUUGAAAAAUAAUAGUAAGAGUAAAAUUAAUAGUAAUAGUAAAAGGAAUUAUUACUACAAUUACGUAGAUAGUAAAAGUUAUAGUAAGGUUAGGAAAUGUUCGUAGAUUUAUUAAGGCCUUUUUUUUUUUUUUUUUUUUUUUUUUUUUAUGUUUGA